UAAAGAAUAUAAUUGAUCCAAUGCCGAAUUUAGACUACUACAAUACAGCCAGAAUGCACCAAAUGGUAAGUUGUGACUGGAAAAUUCUUCUGAGUAAUUCAACAAUAUAUUAGGAUCCUUAUUCAAAAUGACAUUUCGUUGCGUACAAGCUUUCCAAAGCCUUGGAAGUAGUGAUUGCGGUACGUCAUGGGACCGUUUGGCGGGCCAUGGUAGUAUUUCGUCACUUGGUGGCGGUAAUAAUUCGUCAUACUCUGGAGCUCACCAUCAUGGGCACCGAGGUAACGGUAAUGGGGGAGGUAUGCCUCACCAUGGCGGAGCCUCACUACCUACAGCGCCGGACUUUCAACCUCCCUACUUUCCACCACCCUUCCCUUCGCAUCAUCAUGCGCCCACCAGCCCCCAACAUCCAGGCUUGGGUCAGCCCCAGCAUCUGGACUAUUUGGUCGGCGACCCUUAUACUCAGACCCUCAAUACUCUCCAUCAACACCAUUACAACCAUCUCAGCGCUGCCGUUACAGCCGGACAAAGAAGUGGGGAUCUCAGGAGGGAUACUGACUCUAUUCAUGUCACAAAUAUGCAUGCCUCAUUUCCAUAUGAUACCGGGCGUAAUGGUAACGGUGGUGGAGGCGGUGGAGGUAGCAGUGGAAGAGGCGUUGAAUAUGGGGCUGUAAGACGUCCUGAUGCCCUACUUCCUACACCAGGACUCGAACAAACGGAUCUUGUAUUACACACCAGUCUCAUAGAUGACCCCCAGAAUACGAACGUAGAUGACGGAGGGUUCAUAAAUGAUCUGCCACUCCUUAAAAAUCUUAAGCCAUCGGAACGCGGCGAAAAAGCGAUGUUGACAGGAAAUGCUCAACCCUCAGAUGUAUUUUGCUCCGUCCCAGGGAGAUUAUCAUUACUAAGCAGCACCAGCAAGUACAAAGUUACGGUAGCGGAAGUUCAAAGACGACUGUCGCCUCCGGAAUGCUUGAACGCAAGUUUACUCGGGGGCGUUUUACGAAGAGCCAAAUCAAAAAAUGGCGGACGACUUCUUAGAGAGAAGCUUGAGAAAAUUGGACUAAAUCUUCCAGCUGGCAGAAGAAAGGCUGCUAAUGUGACAUUGUUAACAUCUUUGGUAGAAGGAGAAGCGAUUCAUCUCGCUAGAGAUUUUGGAUAUGUUUGUGAAACAGAGUUUCCAGCAAAACAGGUUGCUGAAUACCUGAGUCGACAACACUGCGAACCACAAGAUUCAUAUAGACGAAAAGAACUUCUACAUGCCACUAAACAGAUUACCAAAGAGUUAAUGGACCUUCUAAAUCAGGAUAGGUCACCUUUGUGCAAUACUCGACCACAGCACAUUUUAGAUCCCAGCAUUCAGAGACAUCUUACACAUUUUUCUCUUAUAUCUCACGGAUUCGGCAGUCCUGCUAUCGUUGCUGCUCUCACAGCAAUACAGAAGUUCCUAAGUGAGUCUCUAAAUCAUCUGGAGAAGAUAUACCCAGGUAAUAGUAGCGGUGUGACGAGCAGUCAGCAAUCUUCCCUGGAUGUGAAGAAUAAGGAUGGUAGCUUAAUGAAUGACAUGAAAAAGUGACGCUCGGAUGAUCCAUCAUCUUCAAAUAUUGUCACUUCCAUAAGACACUCUUGGCCAUACAAUUGAGUUGUAAUUAUAGUCAUCGUUAUCAUCGAUUACGUAGGCUCUUCGAGCUCGUAGAGUGAGAUAAAAAAAGUGAAAAUACAUUACACAAAUUUUAGUAAGUAUGCAU